AUGGCAAAAAAGAUGAAGACAGACGCUGCCAUCAUCAUCGUGGGCGCCCUGGCCUUUGGUUUGACCACGGCGUAUGAGCUGGCUUCUGAAGGCUAUCACAACAUCACAGUCCUGCAUCGGCAUGUUGCCCCAGUUCCUGACGGCUCGAGCGUAGACAUCUCACGUGUGAUGCAAUUCGACUAUGCAGAUCCAGACUAUCUUCGCCUGGCCUAUGAUGCGGAUAAGAAGUGGUCACAACGUCCCAAGUACAGCCACACUUUUGGUCCCUCGGCGUUUCUCCUCACCAGCAACACGAGGAACCCGGGCACUUACAUCGACAGGACCACGGCGGCAUUGGCCAAGGCAAGUCUACCAUGGAGGAAAUUGGACACUGUUGAGGCCGCCAGGCGCCUGUACCAGGUUCUCAGCGGGCCAUUGGCAGGUCCUAAUUUCGAAUGUUACCAGCACGAGCAGGCUAGCUGGGUCGACACUGAGAAUGCCAUCACUUAA